AAUGUACAAACAGAAUAUUUAUAGUUCACAUUUAAAGGUCAUAUAUGUCCUGUAAUCAAGUAAAACUGCCACUUUAGACUACAUUUAAUUAUUUUAGUUUAAUUCUAUAUAUAGAGCUAUAACAUAUCUAUAUACUGUAUGAAUAAAUGGGUAUAUAAAACAACUUAUUUUCCAAAUUGCAUGAUUCUUAGAUGGGUCUGCUACUUCAAGUUUGACAUAGAAAACAAAAUCAUCACAAUUCAUGUUUGUUUGGGAGACUCUUUAUUUUCCUAACUUUUGACAGGACAUACUAUGGUAUACAUUUCUGUCUGUCUUUGUAAACUCAGUUUGAAUUGCAGAAUUGUUUUGGAACUAGAAUGAGAAUUAAUACUAACUGAAACAAAAAUUUCUCCUAUAAAACCACAAAAAUAAAUCAUUUCAUGAAUAAUGGGGUACCAUAUUUGCUUCUGGCCAAUCUGUUUAUUAUGAUUAUGACAUUUUAACAUUAUUUAAUGUUUUUUCUUUCAUUAAUUGUUCACCUGUCAAAGGAAAGUUAGAGAGAAAUAGGAAAGCAAUAUUUUUUCUACUUUUAGUUUUUCUAAAGAAUUUGAUGAAUGCUGGCACAUUGUCUUGAACACUAUAUAACUUAUUUAAAAGUUUGAUAGAAUGUUUACCAACCAAAUAAACAUGAUAAAAGGAAUUACAUUUUGCUCCAAUUUUUAUUCCUUUCCUUUGACAAAAUAAAACAAAUUGACAAUUUAUAUAUUGAUUGCCACAUUGCAUUUUUGAUUAUAUAUUCAUACUUUUGUUCUUGUUAUUUCUUAUGAUAUUAGAUUACUAUAAGUUCAAAUUACUCAUAUCAGGCCAAUGGCAAUGGAGAAUAAAUUACAUAACACGUAACAGAAAAACAUAUAUUUUUAUUAAAAUAAUUGUAAUGUCAUUAAAAUCAGUAUAUAUAUAUUGCUUUGUAAUGGAUAGCAAUAUUUUCACACUAGAAUAAAAUAGUUUUUCAGUUCACAAAUCAAUGGGUGAUAACUCUUUUCAUGCCAGGUUAACUUAGUAUAUUAAAUUCAGCAAAAAAUAUAAAUAUUUCACCUUUCAUAUAAAGUUGGAAGGAAUUUACUUACUCAUACUAAUGAAUGAACAAAUAUUUAUUUAUAUAUAUAAAUACAUUACAGGCAAAUAGAACAGCUGGUCUUUCACCUGGUGUUCACACAUCCAAAGUUAGCGCGCUGAGAGAUCUCCAGUACAAAAAGAGAAAGGCAAUAGCGAUUACAAAGAAGGCUAAACUGAGAAGAUUAGAGUUGAAGACAGAACGUAAUCAAGAUAUAUCAAGCUGUGAAGUGAGGGAAGGAAUCAGUUACCAGUCAGGCAUAGAUAUGGAAGAAUCUAGAUUGGAUCCUGAAAACAUAACAGAAAUACCCCCUCCUAGAACUUCAAGAAUAGAAGCCUCACCAAAGCAUGAUUCUGUUACAGAAAUUUUCUUUGACAUAGAAGCUACAGGACUAAGUAGAUCAUCCCAUAUCACACAAUUAGCAGCAAAGAGUGCAGCAGAAUCUUUUUCCAGAUUUGUCCUACCCCAGCACCAAAUAACACCAAAGGCGGCAGAGAUUACUGGAUUGACAUUUGAGAAUGGGCAGUUAUUAUCAAAUGGAAAUGUGUUGCCUGCUGUCCAUAUCAAAAAGUGCCUCAAUGACUUUAUUUCUUUUCUUGAAAAAACUAAGAACAAUGUUUUAAUUGGCCAUAAUGUUCAAACAUAUGACUGUGUGUUAUUGUACACUUCACUACAAAAAUGUAAUUUGCUUGAUAAAUUCAAGUCAACUGUGAUAGGCUUUAUUGACACAUUGCCAUUAUUUAAACUUUCUCAUCCAGGUCUGAAUUCUUAUUCACAGACAAAUUUGUUUGAAACAUUUAUGAGCAAAUCAUAUGAAGCCCACAGGGCUGAUGAAGAUGUUGAUGCACUAUGCACACUUGUCAAUAAGAAAAUUGAGUUAAAUGUUCAUUUUGAAAAAGUAUAUAUACCAGAAUGUGUCAUAUCAGACAAAUUCAAUUCUAUGAAAGAAUUGCAUAAAAAUUUGCCUUCUUUGAAGCUGUUGAUUGAUCGUAAGAUACUUUCAUUAGGAAUGGCACGUAUUAUUGCCAGUAGUGGACUGUGCUUAGAGCACUUGAAGUUGGCCUUUUCUAGGAAUGGUUGUAAAGGUAUAAAAGAUCUUUUCACAGAAAAGAGUGGUUCAGGUGUACGUGUCACAAAAUCAGAAAAGAUCAUAAGACAGGUUUCAGAUUUUUUGAAAGAAUGAUGUCAUUUUCAUGAACUUUUUGAUGUUGUUUUGAAUGUUUUUCAGUCCUUAGUUAUAUAUUUUUUAUGAAAAAAGGUCUUUGUUGUACCUAGUAUACAGUGAUCUAGAUUUAAAACAAAUUGUUUGGUUAAAAAAGAUAACAGUAUUUGAUAAAUUGACAUAUAUGUUAUGAAAAAUGUCUAAAUUUAAAUUUCCCGUAGUUUUUCAUGGAAUUUUGAUUUUUUUUCAGCUCUAAU